UCGCUUUCUAAAAAAAGGAAAAUAAAAAUAUUAAUAAAAAUUUUAUAAUUUUUAUUAAUUCAUCGGAAAAUAAAUAAAAAUUUUAUUUAGCUUUUUUUUCAUGUACAAUUUUUAUUUAAUUUUGUAAAACAAUAUUCAAAUUUAUAAAAAUGAGUGAAAGUUGUAGUAGCGAUAAUCCAUUUGGCAGUAGUGAUUCUAAUUCGUCGCAACCAUUAAACGAUUCAAUGGAGAAUUCCAUUAUAUUAACAAAACAAAGUAAUACAGAUCCAAUAUUAAAUUCAGCUCAAAAUGUGUAUAAUGAAACAAUUGACGACGACUUAAACUUUACUAAACUCGCUAAAGUGUUACUAAACAAUCAAAUUGAUCAACAAGUUAACCACCAUCAAUCUCAAUACAGUAAAUUAACUGCAAAUAUUGAUAGUGUCGCAAACGAAGAUGACCAAUCCGAUUGUGAAGAAUGUGAAAUAGAACAGGAAGAAUGUGAUAUGGAUGAAGUGGAAGAUAAUGACGAUGAUGAUGAUGAUGAAGAUGACGAUGAUUUUAUGGACACAGACGAUUCUUCUAGUUUUUCAAGUAUGUCUGGGUUUACAGAAUUUUUUGGUCAAGGAUGGAAAGCAAUGAAUUGGAUACAAUGUCAAAUGACAUCUGGGGCAAAUCCACGAGAUAUUUUAUCACAAAUUUUAAUGAAGGAUAUAUCACCAGAUUUAGAUGAUAUGAACUUAUGGAAAAUAAUUGCGAGCAUGUUAACCGAACCACCAAGGCGCCAAAAGCUAAACGAUGUUAAUACGAUAGGUGACGUGGUUAAUCUCUUACGCACAUCAGAAAAAAUAAUUGUUCUCACUGGCGCGGGAGUUUCAGUUUCUUGUGGUAUACCAGACUUCCGUUCUGCUGAUGGGAUAUAUGCCCGUUUAGCAAAAGACUAUCCAGAUCUCCCAGAUCCACAAGCAAUGUUCGAUAUCCAAUAUUUUUCCAAUGAUCCACGACCGUUUUUUAGAUUUGCACGAGAGAUAUAUCCAGGCCAAUUUACACCAUCGUUAUGCCAUCGUUUUAUAAAGUUUUUGGAAGAAAAAGGAAAACUCUUAAGAAAUUACACACAAAAUAUAGAUACAUUAGAACAAGUUGCUGGCAUAAACAACGUCAUUGAAUGUCAUGGCUCAUUCGCCACUGCAUCUUGCACUAAAUGUAAACUAAAACAGACUGCAAAUGAAAUAAGAGAUCAAAUUUUUGCACAAAAAAUUCCAGUUUGUCCAAAAUGUCAACCUCAUGUUGAUAACGAACUUUUGUUUGUUGAAAACAAGCAGACAAAAAGCAAAUCAAUUGAAAACAUAUGUGAUGAUUACGAUAAACCAGAUAAACUUACCGAGAAAGGCAUCGUAUUAUUUUCAGAAAGCCAACUAGAGAAUGGAAAUGGAGAAACUAGUAAUAAAGAAACAUUGAAUGGACGUUCUCAUAAUCAUUAUAGAGAAUUAGUGCAAAAUGGCAUUAUGAAACCAGAUAUUGUAUUUUUUGGAGAAGGAUUACCAGAUGCAUUUCAUUCAGCAAUUGCUGAUGAUAAAGAUGAAUGUGAUUUAUUGAUUGUUAUUGGAUCUUCUUUAAAAGUCAGGCCAGUGGCAUUAAUUCCAAAUUUAAUUCCACCAAAUAUACCACAAGUCUUAAUAAAUCUUGAACAACUUCCACAUAUGGAUUUCGAUGUAGAAUUACUUGGCGAUUCCGAUACAACAAUAAGUAAUUUAUGUCAGAUGCUUGGAGGGGAAUGGUUAGAAAUUUGUCCAAAGGAAAUUCGUGAAAGUUUUAUUACAAAGACCCACAUAAAUAACGAAAAUAAAAACGAAUUAUCAUUAGAUGCAGAAUCUUCACAUUCUGUUCAACCAAAUGAUUCAAUUGAAAGGACAGAAAUUUCGAACAAAAAUUUUGAAGAAAUCUCUACAAAAACAAAAAUGUCAAACACACAACCUAAUCUUCCGAUUAUAAAUUCAGAAAGCAAUCAACUUUAAACAAUAGAUCAAUUCAGUCAAUGCCAUUAUUUCUCUUUUGCGUUGAGAUCGUUACAACUAAGGGUCUUCUAAAGAGAAAAUUAAGGUAAUAAAAAAGUUUCAAAUAAUUGGGAGAUUCCUUUUUUGUUGAUAAAAAAGUAAGAGGUAAUAUUGGUCAGGAACUUUAUUUAAUAUUUUAAAAAAUUGCCUGUGUUACAAACGAUCCAAUUUAUGCAUUGUAUUAGAUAUAAGAUAAAA